GACGUCAACUCGGGCAAGUCGGACUCGAUUACGGCUCUCUGUAGUUCCAACCAACUAUAUCGGUGCAGCCGUGGUGCUUUAUGCUCAUUUCAAGUUGCAAGUCACGUCAAACUGACGUGAAGGAAAAUCCCUGCAUGUACUUCAGUCAUACUCUCGACACUGUCAAGUACCUUCACUUAUUGAAGUCCAUUUUUGCUGCAAGCGGCAGCUUUUUGUUUUAAUACCCUCGCCAUCAAGGCAACAGGCUUCCAAUUUACUCGUGUUCGCCAUCGUCGACUUGAGAUCCAGACAGCGGCGCCCGUAGUUCAAGUUGGUCUAUCAGCUUGAAAUAACCUGGGCACUGCGUUGAAUUAUGUUACCUCCAUCUACGGCAUCCCUACUUGCACAAUCUGGAACGAUAUCUCGCGAUGUCUCGCCACUAUUCUUACGGGUGGAACUCGGCAACAGGGAAAUAUGUAAAAGCGCAUGGACGAGUGUUCACCUGGACCCUGUUCCUGUAACGGAGACAUGCUUGUUUGAUUUCAGAGAAUUCAGAGUUAUGAGCCCUGUUUCGCGCUUGGUGCUUCUAAUGAAGCGGUCGGAGGAAUGCAAGUUUGGACGAAAUCAGGAAGAAUUCGAGUUCACAGGCCAAGUAUCACCCAUGACGACGAAAGUUGGAGGGAAAUUUUCUUAAACAUUCUCGCCUAAGAACGUGUAGAAUAUCCGAGGUGACCAAUGAAACCAAACCAAACUUGCGACUCUUUCACGCCGCCCACUCACGCAUUUACGUUUGGAAUAUCGGAGGAUGUUGACCGAUGCGGAGGUGCGUGGGAAGCAAGGUGAGAGCCUACGUAGGCUACGCCGGAGGUAUAAGUUGGGAUGAGAUUGGGACUGAUUGAGUCAGGGACUCUCCCCUUGCAUAUCGUGUAAUUGACAUGAUUCCUUCCAUUGUGGCGAUUGGAGGACUAUUGCGUUAUUACGGUAUGUUUCAUGUCAGUAUUGUGUUGCGACAUUCUACUGACCAGGAAUAACAAAUUCUAGAGAGUCGU